AUGGCAUCCAUUCGCUCUUCCAUACUUCUUUUCAACUUCUUUCACCUCAUAAUGAGUGACUACAGCGAUUACUCUGCCAGCCAUGCUGAAAAGCACCACAAAGAAUUUCACGAGUCAGACAAAGAAACCUUAAAGAAGCAUGAAUCUCACGUUUCCCACCAACUUGUUGCUGGUGCAGCUGCUUUCGAAGCAUUCAGAACCUAUGAAAAGAAGCGCAAUCCCGAUGACAAACACUCAAAUGCCAAGGCUGCUUUGGCUGCUAUUGUAGCUGCUGAAGCCGACAAGCUCAUUGAAACCAAGGGAUUGGACUUCGUCGACAAAACAAAAGCUAAACAUGAUGCCAAGAAGGCCGCUGACAAGCUCUACAAAGACAAAUAUGGAGAUGAUUAA